UGGCAAAGUGUGAAUAUGAAUUUUUUAUGUUAAUUUGUGAAAAUUUAUGUGAAAAUUCUGUAAAAAUGAUUUUUUCAAUGUUGUGUUAUAUUGUUUUUGGUUCGAUUGUGAUUGGAUUCUGUUACCUUACUGUACAGUUCUCAUACUGGUGGCGCAAGAAAGUUCCAUUCGUCGGUCUAAAGUUUCCGUUUAUAUUCGGGAGUAUUUCACUUGACAAACAUCUCGCUCUUCAAUUUGCCGACUUUUAUCAAUCCAAUCGAAGAGAUCAACCAAUAAUCGGAUUUUUUUUAAUGGACAAGCCAUGUUGCUUGAUGAUAGAUCGCUUGAUGAACGUUACACGUUGUAUAUUAACGGAAGAUUUCAAAUAUUUUCGUAAUCGGUGUAUGUAUAACAACGAAAAGGAUGAUCCGCUAUCAGUAAUUUUGGGAAGUUUGGAGCAUGAUAAAUGGAAGCAACUUCGACCAAAAUUAACUCCAGCCUUUACAUCGGCGAAAAUGAAGAGAAUUUUUCCAAUUAUGUGCGCCGUUGGAGAUAAACUCGUUGACGGUUUAAAGAAAAAAAUCAUAUCAACUAAGAAUCAAGUGGAAAUCCGCGACUCAUUCAGUCAAUUUGCGACUAAUGUGAUUGGAACGGUGGCCAUUGGCAUUGAAUUUGGAACGAAAUCACAAGAAAUGGCAAAAAAGGCAAUGAAACCACAUUUGUCACAUUGGAAAAAACUUCUCACAAUUGCGCAUCCAAAUUUUGCGAGACUCUUUCGCAUUCGAAAACAUUCAAAAGAAGUUUCGGAUUUUUUCAUGAAUGUUUUUCAACAGGAAAUUGAACGUCGUCAGAAAUCUCAAACAAAUGUCCCACGAAACGACUAUCUGCAAAUUUUAAUUGAAUCCGAAUUGACAACGCAAGAAAUCUCAGCUUUUGCUUAUGAUCUACUUUCUGCAGGCUACGGCGAUUCCACAGCAACACUGUCAUAUUGUUUAUAUGAAUUGUCAUUGCCAGAAAAUAAGAAUAUCCAGGAGAAAGCACGGACCGAAAUUUCGUCCAUUUUGGAACAACACAAUGGACUUUUAACAUACGACGCACUGAAUGAAAUGGUUUACUGCAAACAAAUAAUAAAAGAAACUGUGAGAAAGCACCCAGUUGCCGGGAUUUUGACUAGAAUUGCAACAAAACCGUAUAAAGUUCCGAAUACAAAUCUAACGAUUCCACGAGGCAUGUGUGUUUUCAUUCCAACAUUCGCAAUUCAUCACGAUGAACAAUUUUACCCACGACCAGAAGAAUUUAUUCCGGAAAGAUUCUCACAAGAUGUCUCUCCCCGGGAAUAUUUGCCGUUUGGUGAUGGUCCCAGAAAAUGCAUCGGCUUUCGAUUUGCAGAACUUCUCAUCCACGUGGGGUUGGUGUCGUUUUUGCAAAAUUUCAAAUUCUCAACGUGCAAUCGAACUCAAAUACCGAUCAAAUAUUCAACAACAAAAAAUACACUGGUUCCGAAUGAUGGCAUAUGGCUGGAUGUGCAACAAAUUUAACCGAUAAGCCUAAAAAAAUACAUGUAAACUGUAUCUUAGUCACUAUUAUUCAACAUAUUGCAUACAGUAACUGAUCAUUACUUUUAUUUAUCAUUACUUAAAAAAUAGAAUGUUAUGAAUUCUAUCUAUUUAU